CGAAAUAUAAAUAAAAAAAAGAGGAAAUUGACAAAGAUUGUGGAAGUAUUUAUCAAAUUCAACAAAAUGUUUUUAUUUAUAGCCAUACUAUUGAUAUGUUUCUUUCUAACUUUUGCCGCUGAUAUUAUUAAAUUGCUGAAAAUAUCAAAAUUAUUUGCACCAAAACAGCACAAUGCAGUUUUGGAAGAUAACUUACGCAAAGCGCGUGAGGAAUUGGAAAAAGUCAUGAAUUCUGGUGCCGAUAGUGGAGAAUAUACAUUUUUCAUUAAAAGUAUGAGAGCCAAAGAAAAAGUUAAAGAUUUGGAACAAAAAAUACGCAGUGAACGUACAGUCGGCCAAUUGAAAGGAGCCUCAGUGGAGAUUAUGCUUAAUUAUGGCUUAAAGACGUUGCUUUAUUUAACAUUAGUUAUUAUUUCGAUAAGAAAUCGUUACAAUCCGGUUUUGGUAUUUGGUGAACAAUUUAAUUUCCAACCUUUACAGGGCCUGCUAACUUUUCCAACUGGUGUUCCCAAUGCUGUCUCUGUACCAGUGUGGGUGUUGUCUUGCAAUGUAACUUUUAGAUUAAUUUCUGGACUAAUUAAACAAAAAUAAAUUACUUACAUUAAGACUUUAGGUGAGGUAAUUAAUAGUUGUGCUUUUUUCAAUAAAUUUAAAAUUAUUUACUAA